AGCGCCGCGCUGUGCCUGCGCCCGUGGCUCUGCCUGGGACUCCUCCAAGGUCUAGUGAGUGGCUACUCCAUGACUCCCCCGAGCCUGAACAUCACGGAGGAAACCCACGUGAUCAACGCCAGUGACAGCCUGUCCAUCUCCUGCAGGGGGCAGCACCCUCUCGAGUGGACUUGGCCAGGGGCUCAAGAGACGCCAGCCAAGGGGGAGAAGGACAGUGUGGACACCGGGGUUGUGCAGGACUGUGAGGGCACCGACGCCAGACCCUACUGCAAGGAGCUGGUGCUGCACGAGGCCCGAGCCAACCACACAGGCAGCUACCGCUGCUCCUACAAGUACAUCAAAGCCCGAAUCGAAGGCACCACCGCGGCCAGUGUCUACAUCUUUGUGAGAGACUUCGAGCAGCCUUUCAUCAACAAGCCGCACACACUCUUGGUCAAAAGGAAGGACUUCAUGUGGGUUCCCUGCCUGGUGUCCAUCCCGGGCCUCAACGUCACACUGUGCUUGCAAAACUCCGUGCUGAGGCCAGACGAGCAGGAGGUGGUGUGGGAUGACCGCAGGGGCAUGCGGGUGCCCGUGCCGCUGCUGCGGGAGACCUUGUACUUGCAGUGUGAGACCACCCUGGGUGGCCAGGACUUCCGCUCCAAUCCCUUCCUCGUGCAUAUCACAGGCAAUGAGCUUUAUGACAUCCAGCUGUUCCCCAAGAAGUCCCUGGAACUGCUGGUUGGGGAGAAGCUAGUCCUGAACUGUACCGUGUGGGCCGAGUUCAAUGCAGGUGUCACCUUCGACUGGGACUAUCCCGGGAAGCAAGCGGAGCGGGGUAAGUGGGUGCCAGAGCGGCGCUCGCAGCAGACCCACACGGAGCUCUCCAGUAUCCUGACCAUCCACAACGUCAGUCAGCGUGACCUGGGCCCCUACGUGUGCGAGGCCAACAACGGGGACCAGCGGUUCUGGGAGAGCACCGAGGUCAUUGUGCAUGAAAAGCCCUUCAUCAGCGUGGAGUGGCUCAAGGGCCCCGUCCUGGAGGCGACAGCAGGAGAUGAGCUGGUGAAGCUGCCCGUGAAGCUGGCGGCGUACCCCCCGCCCGAGUUCCAAUGGUCCAAGGACGGAAAGGCAGUGUCAGGGCGCCACAGUCCUCAUGCCCUGGUGAUCAAGGAGGUGACGGAGGCCAGUGCUGGCACCUAUACCCUCACCCUGUGGAACCCGGCUGCCGGCCUGCGGACCAACAUCAGCCUGGAGCUGGUAGUGAAUGUGCCCCCUCACAUCCACGAGAAGGAGGCCUCUUCCCCCAGCAUCUACUCCCGCCACAGCCGCCCGGCUCUCACCUGCACAGCCUAUGGGGUGCCCUCACCCCUCGGCGUCCAGUGGCAUUGGCGGCCCUGGACACCCUGCAAGACCUACACCCAGCGCAGCCUCCGGCGGCAGCAACGGGAUGGCAUGCCACAGUGCCAGGACUGGAGGGAGCUGACCACACAGGACGCCGUGAAUCCCAUCGAGAGCCUGGACACCUGGACUGAGUUUGUGGAGGGGAAGAACAAGACGGUGAGCAAGCUGGUGAUCCAGGAUGCCAACGUCUCUGCCAUGUAUAAGUGUGUGGUCUUCAACAAGGUGGGCCAGGACGAGCGGCUCAUCUACUUCUAUGUGACCACCAUCCCCGACGGCUUCAGCAUCGAAAUGGACCCCACGGAGGAGCCCUUGGAGGGCCAGGCUGUGCGCCUGAGCUGCCAGGCAGACAACUACACCUACGAGCACCUGCGUCUGUACCGCCUCAACCUGUCCACACUGCACGACGCGCACGGCAGCCCGCUGCUGCUCGACUGCAGGAACGUGCACCUGUUUGCUACGCCUCUGGACGCCAGCCUGGCGGAGAUGGCACCCGGGGAACGCCAUGCCACGCUCAGCCUCAGCAUCCCCCGCGUGGCGCCCGAGCACGAGGGCGACUACGUGUGCGAGGUGCAGGACCGGCGCAGCCACGACAAACACUGCCACAAGAAGUACCUGUCCGUGCAGGCCCUGGAAGCGCCCCGGCUCACACAGAACCUGACCGACCUCCUCGUGAACGUGAGCGACUCCCUGGAAAUGCGGUGCCCUGUGGCCGGGGCCCACAUGCCCAGUAUCGUAUGGUACAAAGAUGAGAGGCCACUGGAGGAGGAGUCCGGCAUUGACCUGGCAGAUUCCAACCAGAAGCUGAGCAUCCAGCGCGUGCGCGAGGAGGACGCGGGCCGGUACCUGUGCAGCGUGUGCAACGCCAAAGGCUGCGUGAACUCUUCCGCCAGCGUGGCGGUGGAAGGGUCGGAGGAGAAAGGCAGCACGGAAAUCGUGAUCCUCGUGGGCACUGGGGUCAUCGCCAUCUUCUUCUGGGUCCUCCUCCUCCUCAUCUUCUGUAACAUGAGGAGGCCGGCCCACGCUGACCUCAAGACCAGUUACUUGUCCAUCAUCAUGGACCCGGGUGAGGUGCCCCUGGAGGAGCAAUGUGAAUACCUGUCCUACGAUGCCAGCCAGUGGGAGUUCCCCCGCGAGCGACUGCACCUGGGGAGAGUCCUCGGCCAUGGGGCCUUCGGGAAGGUGGUGGAAGCCUCGGCUUUUGGCAUCCACAAGGGCAGCAGCUGCGACACCGUGGCGGUGAAGAUGCUGAAAGAGGGUGCCACAGCCAGCGAGCACCGCGCCCUGAUGUCGGAGCUCAAGAUCCUCAUCCACAUCGGUAACCACCUCAACGUGGUCAACCUCCUGGGGGCAUGCACCAAGCCCAACGGUCCCCUUAUGGUGAUCGUGGAGUUCUGCAAGUAUGGCAACCUCUCCAACUUCUUACGUGCCAAACGGGACUCCUUCAACCCUUACGCGGAGAAGUCCCCAGAGCAGCGAAGGCGCUUCCACGCCAUGGUGGAGGGUGCCAAGGCUGAUCGAAGGAACCAGUCUGGAGGCACCGACAGAGCCCUUCUCUUGCGCCUACUGAUGGGCAAGGGCGUGGCAGGACGGGCACCUUCGGCCCCAGAGGCAGAAGACCUAUGGCUGAGCCCACUGACCAUGGAAGACCUUGUCUGCUACAGCUUCCAAGUGGCCCGGGGGAUGGAGUUCCUGGCCUCCCGCAAGUGCAUCCACAGGGAUCUGGCUGCCAGGAACAUUCUGCUGUCAGAGAGUGAUGUAGUGAAGAUCUGCGACUUUGGCCUUGCCCGGGACAUCUACAAAGACCCCGACUAUGUCCGCAAAGGCAGCGCCCGGCUGCCCCUGAAGUGGAUGGCCCCCGAGAGUAUCUUUGACAAAGUGUACACCACACAGAGUGACGUGUGGUCCUUCGGGGUACUGCUGUGGGAGAUCUUCUCCCUGGGAGCAUCCCCGUACCCUGGGGUGCAGAUCAAUGAGGAGUUCUGCCAGCGGCUCAAAGAUGGUACCCGGAUGAGGGCCCCAGAGCUGGCCACUCCUGCCAUACGUCGCAUCAUGCUAAGCUGCUGGUCAGGAGACCCCAAGGCCAGACCUGCAUUCCCGGAACUGGUAGAGGUCCUGGGGGACUUGCUGCAGGGCGGGGGCCAACAGGAGGAGGAGGAUUUCAUGCCCCCUCGAGGUUCUCACAGCUCAGAGGAGGGCAGCUUCUUGCAGGCAUCCACCACGGCCCUGCACGUGGCCUGUGCCGACUCUGAAGACAGCCCGUCCAGCCUGCAGCGCCACAGCCUGGCGGCCAGAUACUACAACUGUGUGUCCUUUCCCGGGUGCCUGGGCCGAGGAAGUCAGACCCAAGGGUCCUCCCGGAUGAAAACGUUUGAAGAAUUUCCCAUGACCCCAACGACCUACAAAGCCUCUGCGGAUAACCAGACGGACAGUGGAAUGGUGCUGGCCUCUGAGGAGCUUGAGCGGAUAGAGAACAGACAUAAACCAGAAGGCGGUUUCGGCUGUAAAGGACCUGACCUGAAAGUGGAGAUGAUCAGGGUACACCCAGAUCCCGAAGGGAUGCGGCGGCGGCCCAAUCAGGAGGCACAAGGAGGCCAGGUGUUUUACAACAGCGAGUACGGAAAGCUGACAGAGCCGCAUGAGGAGGGGGACUGUGCCCCAUCGGCCUGCGAGCCCUUCUUCACAGACACCAGCUACUAAAGCCGCACUGGGCAAGGCCCCCACUUCUAGCUGAUCCUGGAGUCCAACAGGUGGGGGGGCCGUGCCUAGCAGGGUGAGCAGAAGACUGGGGCCCAGGUGGGAACUCAUCUCCUCAGGCUGCGGAGGAGCUUCCUCUACCCUCUCUACGGCCUUCUUAAGCAGGAAGAGCAAAGCUGCCAGCUCAAGGGCUCCCCUAAAUUCCACCACCAAGCCUAGAGCCACCUUCGGGCCUCUCCUCUCUCUGAAUCAGAUUCCAUAUAGAUCAGUGUCUGCAUGUGCCAAUCUGGCACUCCCAUGGAGAAUGGCUCCUUGAUUACCUCCUCCCAUCACUGUGGGUAGAUGGCAUGGUCCCAUUUCCUAAUGAGGAAUCAAUGGAUCUGAGGAUCACUUGGCGAUCAAGGUAGAGCUACACUUGAGCCAGGCCUCCUGUCCUGCCCAAAAUUCUCCCUUCCCAUGGGAAGUGGCUUCCCCCCCCACCAACUGCCUCUCAGAGGCUGAAGAGUGGGUGUUAUUCUUCCCAUCAAAGCAAUGAAUGAAGAAUUUGGGGGUUCCCCUCUUGAAACUGACCAGAACAGCUCACCAGCUCAGGGUGGCCGUCUCGACAGUGCUGACCUGAAGAAAGACCGGAAAACAACAUGCCUUUCACCUUGAGUAUUGACAACGGUUCGACCAAAACCAAUUAUUUUCACUAGAUCUUCGGAGACGAUUUUAGCUGCCGUGAAGAAAUUACUUUCAAACCUUCAGUCGGAAUGUAGCCCAAGGAAGACCUUUCUGAAUCUAGAAGAUUCUUGACUGUGACUGUAGGUCAAAUGCCAUCUUAGCACAUGCUGCAGCCACCAUCGCUCCUGAGCAGUCACCAGACCCACUGACUGGCCCCGCAGCUAAAGAACCAGCUAAUGGGCGCAUGCUGGCUUGACGGGGCAGUCCCUGCUUCUUCUCGCUGGUCCCGGAUCUGUCAUCUGAGGGUCCUUCCAAGCCCAAGUUCCACCCCGUAGGGUUUGGGGAGUGGCACACGGGAACUACCUUGUGUUGCCCUGUGCCACCCAGCAACCAGUGGAGGUUCUUGUGGCCUGGGGUAGCCCUGUCUUCUGUUAUCCCCUUGUCUGUGGCCAAGGUGCCCAAUUCCUGGCAGAGGUGCCCUGGCAGGUCAAGUCACUGAUCCUAUAGGGGAACGAUCGAGAGGUGUCCUGGAGGCCAGCGCCAUUCUUCACAGGCCCCCUCUCUGGACUCACACGGCCCCAUCCCUCCCUUGGCCAGAAGAAAGGCUCUCUUCCCGGUCAGGAGCCCUCUGAAGGCUGUCCCCACCCAAACAAGGCGCUUGCAGGUCAGGCGGCUGUGAGCCGAGCUGGGCUUGUUCGGCAUCCCCUCCCUCCAGAGUGUAGUGUUACUUCAUGUAUCUGGAAUGCAUUUAUGACUGUAAUCCUCGUGACCCACCUCCUUCCCACCCUUGGUCUCCUUUCCCCUUCCUCUUGCCUCUGCUUGUCAUCUGACCCGUGAGACCUAGGACCCCGGUGUACCUAAUGGAAAUCCAGAGCCAUUUCCUUUCGGAAUAGCCACAUGUGUGAUGGGGCUCAGGGGCCCCUGAGGCCCCU